AUGGAAUUCCUUAAAAUUAGUUUUAUAAUUUUGUUUUUCACGGUGACAGUGGACGGAUCAAAGAAAAAGUCUCGAUACGAUUGCUUGGAUGAUUUUCCUAUGUUUUAUAAUAAUACUGAUGACUGUAAUUUAAGCGUAUCUUCAGCGUCUGCAACUUUAUUUUCCAAAAAUGUUCGACAUUACGGUUACAAUUUUGUCAUGAUUAAUCUCCACUUUGGCAAUGUGACUGUCCGCUGGACUCGGUGUGUGAUCGAAGCAUACAAAUGGGUAUGGACAUUCAAUGGGAAUGAUGGCGCUACAGCCUAUCUCUCUUGGCCAGUAGAAUAUAAUGUACUAUCGUUUGGUCUUCUCGAUUCUCACACGCUUCGGGACCUGCCAAUAGAAAUCGUCCAUCAUGGAAACUGUGACAACAUGAUGAUUGGACUUCCAGCGACAACUUUUGGCAUAGCAAGAGCGUUGGCGAAUAUGACAAGAAAACUCGUAUCUGAUUCAAAAGAGAACAUGAAAUAUGAUAGCAGUGUGUGGUGCUAUAAAGAAAGAAUUCUGGUAAGUAAUGAAAAAUGGACGAUGUGCCAUUACGCUCUCUGUCCAUUUGAAUCCUUGACCUACAGGUGUUGCAGAUGGGAAAACUACGAGAAGAAUCUGAUAAUAUGCGAGAAAAAGCGACAUCAACUGAAAUGGUUUCUACCCUUUUUGCUGGGAUCGUUCGUCUAUUUCUAUUCACCCAUUGCUGUCUUUGGCAUAGUUGGAUUCUUAUAUAGAAAAUGUAUUCCAGACAAAGAAAACCGUUUGAAAAUUGGAAGAGAAGUUUCUGUGGAAUAUGGAACGUUUCGAGGUUUAGCAUACACUUACGUAGAUGAACAGGAGGUUUCAAAUGUCGAUAUAGAUAAAGAUGAAAACGUAAUAUUUUACAACCCUUUACAAUUCAGCUCUGUUUUUGAGUGUUUUAAAAGCAAUGCUUGCUGCUUGUCGAAGAGGUACUGUAGAUGUUUCUUUCUAGUUGCCUGUCUCUCUGUUCUUACAACAAAGCUGAUUAUUUACAAAUACACAGAGAGAGAAUUUGUCGUCGAAAGUGUGAGACAAGGAGUUCCUAUGGGAUUUCUUUCAAUGCUAAUAUCAAACAUCACGGUCCAAAGAUCUAACUAUUUGUACCACUUCUAUGGACCAAUUCCGGCUAUCGUACUUUUUAUAUGUUUCUCGCUGCUAUUCCUAUGUGUUCCGAAAGAUCUGAGCACAUUUCUUACAAAAGGAUUAACAGAGAAUACCGAGGGAAUAUCUAUUUCACCUUUAACUAGUGACAUUUGUAUCAAAAUUAAGUAUGGCUCUCUUCAAUACGUUCGUAAUGUCAACGGGUACAAACAAUUCAAAAUGAUAAUGGUUUCCCAUUUCCUGAUGUUGUUAAACAUUAAGUUCUGGAGAUACUGUUUAAUCAUCCAGCUGGCCAGAUGGAAUUCACUUUUUCAAAGAAAAUCGGGAUUUUUGCACAUUUGUUGGAUACUAGCAUUUCCACUUUACUGUGUUAUGUGUUCUUUUGAAUUACUUCUGUGUAUUUUAUAUUUCGGAGUACCAAUAGUUUUCUUAUUUAUAACCUGUGUAAGGGCCUAUUGCGGUGCAGUUGCAUCAUUCUGUUCCAAUCGAUCCACUAUAAUCCGGGUCCUCAGGCCCGUGAUGACCUUGCUGGUGUUUCUAAUACUGCUGCUUCUACUGUACUUCUUCAGUAUUAUAUUUAUCGACAGUUUCGUCUUCAUUUCACAGAUCCUGACGUACACUUACACGGGAUUGUUUGCCAAUCCUGAUUUCUCCUAUGGGUACGUUAUCCUUGCCAUCACUGUCAUUAUGUACAUAUUUGACAGCAUCAACUUCAUUCACUCCGUCUAUGACGACUUAUUUGUUCAUGUUCGAGACGUCUGCGAGAAGCUCAAGACAGAAAAUAAGUAUCCGGGAAUUUCCCUAAUUCAUACGGUGGACGAAUUUCAGGGUAUCCCCAGAAAGCUUUUUUCUUAUGUCAUUCAAACAACUAGACCGAUUCGGAGAGAAAUAUUUGUUUCUGUUCUGAAAAUAGCCUUUAUUGCUUCCGUCCUGUCAGUUUCAGUAUUAGUGCUUUCUGAUUUCCAAGACUUCAAACGUAUGUCGGACCUUAUGCAGGCUGCCAUAACUCUGUUUGUUUGUCUGGUUCCUAAAAUAAUAAACAGUGUUUGUCAAGUAAAUGAAACCAAGUGGAAAAUACAAAGAUCCCUUGAGCUCAAGAAUGCUGUCCAUUACUACUGCAGAAGAGAAAUGAGAAAGAAAACUGAAAACGGUUUUAAGAUGACUGUUGUGAAUUAAAGAUUAUAAAUACGUUAAGUUUUGGAAAAAUAAUUGCAAUAAAACAUCUCAUUCA